AUGCUCAACGAAUUGAACGAAGCAGAAAAGAGAAUAGGACUGCGAAUAAGCAGAAAGAAGACACAGUUCAUGAAGAACGCCUACUGCGAGGACGGAGGAGUACAACUUGAAGGCUCCCAAAUUGUGGAAGGUUCGUCAUUCGCAUACCUCGAACCUUCUAUGAACAUGGAAAAUGACUUGAAGGAAGAACGGAAUAGAAGAAUGAGAGCAGCAUGGGCAGCAUUCGCACCCGUCAGGGAAGGUACGGACCAACUGAAGGACCGUGAUCUUCGUGCCCAUCUGUUCGACUUGACAGUUCUUCCAGCUCUCUGCUACGCAACGGAGACGUGGGCAGACACAGCUGCCACGUUUAGAAAGCUACUUACUACCCACAGACCCCUUGAGAGAUGUCUUCUGAAGUUUAACCGGCGCACACAACACCUAGCCGGUAUUCGCAAUUCCGACUUAAGAGGAAUGUCUUGUCUUUGCGACCCAACGGAAUAUAUAUCGAAAGCAAAUCAUAGGUGGUCCGGUCGUAUUAUGAGAAGAAUCAACGAUAGAUGGACUAAAAGAACGCAAGAGUUCAUCCCAGGAGAUUCUAAACGCCCUCUAGGGAGACCGCCAACGAGAUGGGUGACGUGUUCGCUACACGGGUGGACCAGCUGA